AUGGACAAACUAGUCAAUGAAAUGAAAUCCAACGGUGAUGACAUAAAGGAGAAAGAUGUUGUGGAGAAAAUUAUGCGCAUUUUUUCAACUCGUUUUGAUUAUGUAGUAGCAGCAAUUGAAGAAGGAAAAGAUGUCACCACAAUGACUUUAAAUGAUUUGCAAGCAUCUUUGGAGUCACGUGAGAUGCGGAUGCACGAGAGAUCAAGUGACACAUUUGAGCAAGCUUUAAAAUCUCAAACAAAUGUGAGAAAUGAGGGACUUGUGCAAAGAAGGGCAAACCACUUUCAAAGAGGACAUAGUUCCAAAGAUACUGGUUGCAGUAACCAUUUAAGUGGGAAUAAGGAACUAUUUAGUAACUUAGAUCAAAGUUUCUGCAGCAUAGUCAAGCUCAGUGAUAAUUCAAAGCUUCAAGUUUUAGGAAAAGGAAAGAUCUCCAUCAGAUUGAAGGAUGGAUCUUUGAAUUAUAUUUCUGAUAUAUUCUAUGUACCUAGUAUAUGUCAGAAUCUCUUAAGCAUUGAACAACUUGCUGAGAAAGGCUAUGAUUUAAACUUCAACAAAAGAGGUUGUACUAUCAAUGAUGUUGAGAUAUGCCUCAUAGAAAAGACAAGCAUGUCAAGGAAUUGUCUAUUUCCAAUGAAAAUCAAGUACGAUGCUAAUAUGUGUUACAAAGUUGUAGCUAUUGAUGAUAAUUGGUUUUGGCACAUGCGUCUUAGACACUUCAACCUUUAA